AUGUACAGCUUUAUGGGAGGGGGCCUUUUCUGUGCCAUAGUUGGUAAUAUCCUGUUGGUGGUCUCCACUGCAACGGACUACUGGAUGCAGUACCGUCUCUCUGGAAACUAUGCCCAUCAGGGCCUGUGGAGGUACUGCAUCUCCAACAAGUGCUACAUGCAGACUGACAGCAUAGCUUACUGGAAUGCGACCCGGGCCUUCAUGAUCCUUUCAGGGAUGUCUUGCUUUGCCGGCAUCAUAGCUGGCAUCAUGUCUUUUGCUCACUUCUCCUCUUUUGAAAGGUUCAACCGCUCCUUUGCUGCAGGAAUCAUGUUUUUCGUCUCCACUUUCUUUGUUCUGCUCGGUAUGGCCAUUUACACUGGAGUGACAAUCAACUUCCUCGGGAGACGCUUUGGGGACUGGCGCUUCUCCUGGUCCUACAUCCUGGGCUGGGUGGCCAUGCUCAUGAACUUCUUUGCAGGUAUUUUCUACAUAUGUGCCUACAGGAUGUGUGAGUGCAGGAGAGGGAACGGCCCUCGAUAGAGGGCGACAGACAGUUUGUUUAAAAGAGGA